UUACGAAUUUCUGGUUCGAAGGAGUUUGCCGACGAGUCUGGCGUCAUGCGCCGUCAGUCCUUUGAGCCCCGAAGCGCCAAGGUCGCCUUCUUUGCCGCCCACGAUGGGUACUCGUAUGUGGUGGAGGAGCUUGAGCCCAACACCAUAUAUGACGUUCAAAUAAACGCCUACUACGAGAAGACACUUAAUCUAGAAAGCAACUGGGAGACGACCAGUUGUCACACCGCAAUGCAAACCUUCCUCCUCCGCAAAUGCAAUACUGUUGCAUUUGUUGCCCGUCUGGGGUGCCAAAGUUUUUUUACUCUUAAUUGCAUCUUUUGCGUGUUUAUGCUAUAG